UGUCAUGACCUAGCCGAUCUGUUCUCCUUGCCUCCCUGGAGCAUGCCAUGUAGAAACCUAGGAGCUUGCUGAGGAUGUCUUCAGGUCGCAACAGUGGUGUGGACUGCGCGAGCAGCACCAGCAGCAGCACUUCCACAAGUUCAGACUCUGAAUCCCAAUCUGAGGAGGAUGAAGCAAACAACGAGGUUAUGUACACUGAGCGCAAGAGGAAAAUUGGAAAUGUUGGAGCUGUCAACCUCAAUGAGCAAAGUGUGCUGAAGGAUGGGUACUUGCUGCCAGCCAUUGACGGUGGCCACUCGGAUUCUGAACCAGAGCCCGAAGAAGCAACGAAGGUGGAAUCUCCGAAAGAAGAGGGCGAUGAUCGACCUUUGCAGUCAGCUGUUUCACAGCGUCGUUUGGCAAUGGUGCUGCAAGAGACAGAAAACAAACAGCAGCCUCAAAAUGAAGACCAAGCUCAGAAAGGAACUUCAAAGGAUCCUGCCGCAGCCUUUCGGCUAGCCUGGGAGGAAGACGAGAAGUUCCCAAUCUUUGCUGUGCAAGCAUCCUCAGAUCCAGUCCUGCUCGAGAAGGCGAUCAUGCACUACAGAUCCCUACCACAAGCAGAGUCACGGCAGUACCACUGCCUCGUGAACCUGGCAUGCUGCUUGAUGACAUUAAACAGACACAGACAGGCCAAGACUCUGCUUGAGCAGGCAGCGGGGCUUCAGCCUGCCCGAGCCUCCGCCCAGCUCGAUCUGAUCCACUGCUGCCUCCGAAUCCGACAUCGAUCUGCAGCGCUUCAAGCCAUCGGUCAGGCACUUCGAAAUGCUGAGGAUCUAACUGCAGAAGAUCACCGCCUGCUGUUAUCGACCAGAAAGGAACUCAACGCAAUCAUGUCCAAAUCUACAGACAAGAGCUCAGGCCAGGGGCGCUCCGGCCGCAAGGCAGAUUCGGUCAGGAGGCGCGUGACAGCCCGGUACCAGGUAUUCACUCGCUUAGAGGCCUGGCAGAUGCGAAAGGAAUUGCUCGCAUUGCGCAGCAGCACAGAGGCGGCAGAGGACCUAAAGCCUCCUUGGCGACGACACCACAUAUACAGUGAGGACUCAGAACAGGCAAUCUACAGCAAGAAAGCACGGUGGCAGCCUUUGACACCGGAAGCUCUCCAGAAUCUUCGCGAAGCCUGCAGCAAGGUGGACAAAUACAGAGAGGCAAAGGAUCUGGAACAGGAGUCAGAAGAUUCUUUUGUUCUUGAAGACACUGACAGCGAAUCCGACGAGGGGGAGGAGACCAACAUGAAGCUUUUGAGAUACAAGGCCGCACGGCGAGCAUACGAGUGCAUCAAGAACCUGCCUUGCAUGCAGGCUUUGGCAGAGGAAAAGGCGAUAGCUUUGCUCCAAGCAGGAGAGAUCUUGGACUUUGAAGCUGACUGUCAAAUCUUUGAAGAGGGCGACCCCGCGUUGGAUGUCUACGUUAUUGUGAACGGGUCUGUCUCGAUCAGGGUGCUAAUGCCUGAGCUGGCAGCUGCCCCUAUCCCUGUCCAGUCGCUCUAUGACGGACAGGUCUUUGGUGAUGCAAAGGUUGCUGCGUGGAAGGAUGCGCAGGCUCCCCCGCCAAGACGACAAGCGGGAGCCAGAACUCAAGAGGAAACUUGCUUGCUGCGCAUUCCAGCCCCAGCAUAUCGCCAGGCUUUGGGCCUGGAUGGAAAGCGCUCAAGGAGCGAUGGAGAGGGGGAAGAGGAGGAAGCCGCUUUGCUACCAGAGGUUCGGAGGAAGGUGCAAGCGUUGUCCCGUUCACCGCUCUUUGAAGGGGCUGCUGCCAGCAAUUUGGUUCUCUUAGCGACCAAUGUGCAGGAAGUGGCUUUGCGCCAUGAUGAUGUUUUUGUCGAAAUCAACCAGGCACUGCAGGCGUGCUUCUUGAUCUCUGAAGGGUAUGUACGCGUAUCAGUCCCCGCAGUGGAUAUGGAAGCUAAGCUUGGAAGUCUGGAAGAUGCAUCUCGAAUCCUGGGGAUGGGUCGUCUUCCUGAUGCGAAGAUGAAGGUAACAAACACAGGUGCAGCAUCUCAAUUCCCUGGCCAUCCUCAUUCAAGUCGCACCAAGGGCAGGGGCAACCAAAGGCGUACAAGAAGCCCUGCAAGUCCCAAAAACUCGGGGCAGAACCAGCCAAAAACUGAACCUGGCGCAAGUAGAUUUGCAAAACUGGGGGAGGUCCCAGUUUUUCAACUGGGUGAGAGACCUUUACUGCUUCCACCCACAAAUUCUCUAGCAAGCCACGAUAGUGGACGUCCAUCACGCUUUGUGGCAAGAAAGCACGGGACUCCCAGACGAGGAACUCCGUGGGAAAAAUCGUUGCGUCAAGAUCGUGUAGCACCGUUUUUAGGAUCCCAUGCACUUUCUGGUGAUAUUGAGAUGUGUUUGCUUCACGCAGGUGAAGCCUUCGGCUUGGGAAGUCUUUUUGAUCCCAAGGGUGAAUGCUCGUAUUUGUCAAGUUGUGAGGUUCGGGUGCAGAGCAGCGAAGCCAAGAUUCUCGUUUUGACACCUGGAAGUCUCCUUUAUCUCAACGAGACUUUGGCGCGAAGCUUGGUUGAGAAGGCGAAGAAUCAAGAAGAUCCGGUAGCACCGUCCCUCAAAAACAUCAAGCGUGAAAGGCUGAAUCGGUCACACUGGAUGGUUCGAAAACAGCAUGUGCUGCACCGAGUCGUAAUGCAAGAAAAUUAACGCUGAUCGCAACAAUUUAUCCAAAUGACAGCAGAGAGGCAAGACAACAACCAGGCUUUCAUAGGCGUCAGAUGGCUUGAAGGUCACUUUCAGAGGCCUCAAUGUUAGGCUUUUGCACCAGUCUUCCGUUUUAACAGUUUGACUCGCAUCUUUGCCCAAACCACAGAGCUAAAAUGCUUUCAGCAAGAGGCGAUUCGUGGCUGGUCAAAGUGCUGCUUGCUACAAAACGUAGCACACAGCUACACCGGCGGUUCAGAGCACUGAGUUGAAGUAAGAUGUAAAACUGAGGCAGG